CGUAAACCCAACACCAAGAGGCUGGUGUAGAAAAAUCAAAACUUGGAAUUGAAAUGCAACUGAUCUUACUAAAGCUCACAACUUAUGAUCUUAAGAAAGAUCGAGAAGUAGAAAAUCAAUUGAGCUCAUUGGAAACUUUGACUUUUGAGUAAAAUUGAAGAAAGGGAGUAAAAAUUAGUUGGAGGGAAAGGGAAGAGCAAUCAGCGGUGGAGGGGAUUCCCAUAUGUGGAAUUGUUUACACCAUAAAAUUUUCCUUGUACCAUAUUGGUGAGUUACAAGAUAAUCAAUGAGUUUAUAAGUCCACACCCAUUAUAACAAUUAAUAUUGUUUAAUUUGGGUCUUAUGGAUAUUGAUUUUAAGCCCAAGCCACUAAGUCUGGAGAGUGACAUGCCGCCUCAGCGAAGAGGGCCAUGUCCAUCUAAAACCUAGAAGCAUGUGCCGCCUCAUGAAGAGGGCCAUGCCCAUCUAGAAAUCGAGGAGCACAUGCCGCCCCAAGAUCAAGACUGAAUGACUGAAAAAUAAACUAAGUCUGGAAGAGGUGCAUGCCGCUUCAAGGAGAAGCACGUGUCAUCUCGCUUCAUGAGAAGAGACAUGGACGCGAGACAAGAUGAGACGUCUAUGCCGAGUCAGGACAAGGGGAAUGGAUGGGAGACAAGAGGCUUAGUCAUGAUUGAAAAACUAAGUAUGAGAAAGCCAUGCCACCUCAAGAGAAGAGCCAUGUGCAUGAUUGGGAAAUCCAUGGCCGUGUCACGAGAGGGGCCAUGGAUGCAAGGCCGCGAAUCACACUUCAAAGAAGACAAAGAUAUUCUAAGUGUGGAGAAGGACUUGUCACUUUAAAGAGGAGGGUCAUGUCCCUCUAGAGAUCGAGAAGGUCAUGCCGUGUCACAGGAUGGGCCACGAGCAUGAAUGAGAGGUCCAUGGCCGCGAAUGAAGAGGCCAUGCCUCCUUAUGACCAAAUUCGAAUGACCUAAAAAAUUUCUAAGUCUGGGAAGAACAUGCCGCUUCAUGAGAGGGGCCAUGUGCACGAUUGAGAGGUUCAUGCCGCCUCAUGAGAGGGGCCAUGGACACAAAUAAAAAGGGCAUGGUGAUGGAGCAUUAUAUCACUAGUGAAUAUGUCUCAAGAGGCAAGAAGACCAUGACCCCCUUUGUGAGACACCACAUGCUUAUCAAAAGACUAGCAUGUCACGAGAUUCAGAACAAGACCAGGCGAGGCAAACUACACUCCAAGACCCACGACGGUUACAAGAGAGGCCCCUAGGCGGGUGAAGGAGUAACCAACACUCCGAGGAAGCAGGGAGCGGAUCUUUUUCGGAGUUAUCCAAGAGGCGGUUUUGUACCGAAGAAGGGGGAGCGGUUCUUUGUAGUAGUAAUCCAACAAGCGGUUUUCUAUGGCGGUUACCUACUCGUGGCUAUAAAUGAGAGGAGGGGUGAACAGAGACAAAGGUUCCCAAAACCAAACAACUGACACACAUGUCAAGUUUAUCCUUUACCUUUUCUCUAUCAUGUAGCCAUAGAUGUAGUUCGUAUUUUGGAGCUCUCGUCGAACCUCCAUAGGAGUAGAAGUAAUUUAAUUUAGAUCUCGUUCCCAGAAACCAUCAAUCAAACACCCUCGUUCGAACUUUAUUUGAAGAGGUAUGAGCCGUGUCUUAGUAAUCGUUAAGCAAAGAAGUCAAAGGUGCAUUAAUCUCAUUUCAACGCAAGUUUUCUGGCUGGAAAACAAAUUUGGCACACCUGGUGGAACCUUGUGUUUGAUGUUAUGGCUCCAAGACAGAGACAACAAGAAGGUGAUCUCUUACCUGGGCUUGUGAAGCAGCACGUGGUUAUGUUUGAAUUUGGCCAAGAGAUGAAGGAUGUUGCCGAAAACAAUGGCGUUGUGGAGACUUCGUCACCGGCGGCACCAAGUGUUGAUAUAACCACCAACAUCAAGUUACUUCACAAAGUAUUGGAGGAAGACCGCAAGAUGAUGGUGGAGAAUCGUCAAGCCUUGGAGGAGAACCGCAAGAUGAUGGUGGAGAACCGUCAAGCCAUGGAGGAGAACCGCAUGUUGAGGGUGGAGAACGUCCAUGCCAUGGAGGAACAUCGUUAUUCCUUGGAGGGAUGCCAAGUCGACCUUCAUCGUGGUGCCCAAUAAGUAAGCCUCCGCCUAGCAUCUCUCACUUCUCAUCUAGAUAAUCGUUUAAGUAAACUUAUAGAGUUGGUUAACAAAAAUAAUGAUGAUUUCAAUGAUUUGAAACACCUUUUGAUAAAGCAAGUGGUUCAAUCAAGAGAUUUGCCACUAGAUGGUACAAACUCUUAUGCUAAUGACCAGAAUGGCCAACUAUGGCAGAAGAGCUUGUCACCUCCAGUGGCAACCAAACCACUCCCUCAAUGUGAUACUUGUGGUGAGAGGUCCACCUCCACUCUGAACACCAAUCAUGGGGUCUUUCAUGUACAAGGUGAUGUUCAACUGCUAGUUCUCGAGACAAGAUCAGAUGUGACACUUUUCAAUGGACGAGAUGGUGAAGAUCCAUUCAAUGUGGAACAAGUACCACCACAUGCUUGCCAACCCCCGAAGCCACCCCUAUUGAGUAGACAAAGAAGCGAUUCCGAUGGACUCAAAAUACCAAGAGCUCACCAAAGGGGGGAUGAAAGUCUAACUUCCCACAAGGUGAAUCCUAAAAGUCCAUCUAGGGGGCAUGUAAUGUCUAAGACACCACAUCAAUCAAAAGCAACACAUGCUUGUGCUAAGCAUGCUAAUUUGGCUAAGUUUGGAAAUAGGGGCAUGCAUCCAACCACUUGUAGUGGAAAUUGGGGCAUAUCUAACAAGUCACGACGCAAGAAAGUCAUAAAAAGUUAUUGCAGAUUUGAAAAUUUGGCUAAUUAUGGACAACACAUGUCCAAAAAGUCAUAUGAAGUCCAAGCCACACAUGUUUGUGAUAAGCAUGCUAGUUUGGCUAAGUCUGGACAUGGGGGCAUGUCAGUGUCACCCAUCAUGAAGUAUGAAGUAGGGGGCAUGUUUUGGAAGACACAACAGCUCCAAGCCACCCAUGACCUUUAUAAGUGUAAAACUAUGGUUAAGUCUGGACAAGAGGAUAUGCAACCACUCGCAAACAGUGGAUAUGAGGUCAAUUCCAACAAGAAAAGACGUGGGAAAGCCAAAAAGAGUUCUCGUAGUGUUGAAAAUUUAGCUAAUUAUGGGCAAUGAGGCAUGUCACCCACCAUGAAUAAUGGAGUAGGGGGCAU